CCGCUGAGAAGGCAAAGACUUGGUGCCUUUUCUUACUCACACUAGAAGUGCUGAGAAGUGUUGAGGAUACCCCACUGAAGGGCAGGAGGAUGCAGUGUUAACCACCAACCCCCAUGAAUCUCCAGAAGUAAAUGAGUAGAAGCAAGGAGAUGCAGGCUAAGCCCAGGCCAUGGAGGAGAAGGAGGAAAAAUAGAAGAGAAGCCUCAGUCAACUACAUACCCAGGCCUCCUCCCAGAAGGCUGCGGGGCCACAUCAUUUGUCAAACUCCUGUGUUGAGAGAAGUGGCUGAAAUGCCACCCAAAAGGUGACAGAGGUGCAGCUCCGGUGACAAACCGUCGACUGCUUUGGCACACAAUGAGGUAUUUCCUGGUGUGGAUCCCUGCUCCCUCAAUCCUGCAAGUGACUAGAGUAAGGUCUGGUAACUUCUGACAAAGAGCAUGAGCAAAGCACACGAGCUCGACCUUAAUUAACUCACUCAGCCUAUAAUGAAGCUCCUCCCCAGAGUGGACACAAUGAUCUGGUAAGCGAAGCUUCACACACGGAUGCCAGGGCUGAACCUUUUUAUUUAAGCACCAACAACCUGGGGACAACCUGGCUGCAGGAUGGGAGUGAGGAACAUGUUAUCAUGCCAGGACUGAGCACCGAUGUGGAGCACAACCAUGAUGAACAGUUCCAGCUGCAGCGAAACAGACCUCAAGCCCUACUAUGCAAUUACGUAUACUUUUAUCCUGAUCCCUGGACUAAUAGGAAACACAUUAGCCUUGUGGGUCUUUUACGGGUACAUGAAAGAGACUAAAAGGGCCAUAAUAUUUAUGAUCAAUUUAGCCAUUGCUGACUUAGCACAGGUUUUAUCCUUGCCCCUGAGAAUUUUCUACUACUUGACUGGGACGUGGGAAUUUGGAGGAGGUCUCUGUAUGCUUUGCUUCUACUUGAAGUACGUCAAUAUGUAUGCGAGCAUCUACUUCUUGGUUUGCAUCAGCGUAAGACGAUAUUUGUUUCUUAUGUACCCAUUCAAAUUCAGCGACUGCAGACGUAUCUGUGAUGUGUAUAUCAGCAUCAUCGGGUGGGUGGUGGUCUGCAUUGGCUGUUUGCCUUUCCCGCUUCUCAGACUUCACCAGGAUGCUAAAAACACGUGUUUUGUGGAUCUCCCAGUAAAGGAGGUUGACCUUCCCAUCUCCAUUGCAAUGAUGACGAUAGGUGAAUUGCUGGGGUUCAUAACACCCCUACUCAUCAUCCUAUACUGCUCAUGGAAGACUAUCUUAUCUCUAAAAGAAAAAAAUUCUGCUUCACAUGACCUCGGAGAGAAAAAAAAGGCUUUAAAGAUGAUUCUCACCUGCGCUGUGGUGUUUCUGAUUUGCUUUGCACCUUAUCAUAUCAGCUUUCCACUAGACUUCUUUGUCAAAACCAAAAAGAUUAAAAACGGCUGUGUCCAGAAGGUGAUCUCGGUGUUUCACGUUGUAGCUUUAUGCCUUGCCAGCUUGAACUCCUGUGUGGACCCAGUCAUCUACUACUUUACUACAGAUGAGUUCAGGAGACGCCUUUCCAGGCAGGAUUUGCAAGACAGCAUUCAGCUCCACAACCUCAGCUACGUGAGGAAGCACUCCAGAGACAUGCUCAGGGAGGACACCAUGGACUACUAGCACCAGCCUUCCCCAAACAGUUGCUAGGACUUCAAAUGUUCACUAUGUUUUGGGGUUUGGCCCAUUUUUAUUUUUUUUUUUCCCCAGGACACUGAGAGCAAAAACUCAGCCAAGCUGCUGAUUUCAGUGAGGCUUGGCGGAAAACAAAAGAAGAACCCCCAAAACCCAAACCUGAUGGCAAAUAUGUUGAUUUAACACUUUAGUUGCAAACUUCCUCUGAAAAUAAUAACACCAUAUAAUUCCCACAGGUCCUAUUUCUAAGCUGGGCAGCCAGGAGCAGGCAGCUUUGGCAGUAGGAGGAUGACGUGGGCCCAUGGCGAGAGGUGAGGCUGUGCCCCAUUGUCACCAGUGGGCCACUACCUGGACAUGUCCUGGUCACGCACCCUGGCUUCAGCAAGAGGUAGCAAAGAUUUUGAGGUCUUGCAAUGCAGAAAGAAUUUGAUCCUAAAAAUUAGUAGGUGACACAGUAUUACAUAUUUCUGAAGCAAAAGACAAUCCAGCAGUGACUAAUUUCCAUGGAGAGUGCCAAGAGCCAGCCUCAAGCCAUGUUGACCACGGAACAAGGAGCGUAAGGUGGCCCUAAAGAACUUGUCAUUUAAAUAAUGAACCAAGCCUGCAUUUUGGGGUGUAACAAAUGACAUACCCCCAAAUCACAAAGUCAUUGAAGCGUUCAGACACUAUUUUUCUGCCACCAGUUCCCAUUUCUGGCUCAAAAGCCACAUGGCUGGGAGCCACAUGGCUGCCUUGGAUAAGCCUUAACCACAGGGCUGUGCUUUGAGGGUAUGGUAUUUAUUAAGGCUAGACAUCCAUCAAGCCCUUCAGGUCCUCUUUUCACCAAAGAUGGGGAAAAUUAUUUCCCUUUCAUUGAUAACUGAGCCUGCGCCAUCACACCUACUCUUCAUUAACAGCAGUACAAUUAAAACACAGUCAGAUGAACCAAACCUUCCUGAAGUUGACUGUAGUGGAAACUCACUAUAAGCAGAGUCAAAGGUGCCACCCAACAGACUACAAAAGAUUUUUAAGAAAGGCUCAAAUGUGGAUGUAUUUUUAAUGAGAAUUUUUUUAAAAUCAAACAACAGAAGCUUUGGGCUUAACUGGUAUUUCAUUUGCACGUUCUUGUAAAAUUUAUUUUUCUGUGAACUUGUGAAAUGUUACAUUUUGAAAUGUAAAAAUACUGUGAUGGUAUUAGGUU